CAAUCCCAAAUUCUCUCACUUCUUCUUCCCCUUUUCCGAACCCUAACAUUCACAUUCAUCCCCAAAUUGCAUCGAAACAACAGAGAAAACCCCCAUAUUUACUUCAAAAUUUGACGAACACGGCUCGAUCUUGCAGACUUGCAGUUCAUUUCCUGUCAAACGAACUGCUGAAGUUGUAGACUGAUGCAAUUAGCGGCCGGUGCCUGACUAGAACUCUAGAUACCGGUCCUCUGUUCUGCGGAAUUAGUUUGUUUUUCGUUUCGAUUAUUCAUCUUUUGUGAUGUCGUCGCGGAACCAAAACAGGCCGCCUCCAAGUCGCUCCGCUAAGAAGGAUGGUGGUGCUGAUGAUAAUCCAUUAGACAAACGACGGAAGGUUGAGGCAGGAAGAAGGAUGGGACCUACAAGCACAGGUCGAACACGACAACCAUUUGGUGCUGUUACCAAUGAGCAAGAAGCUACAACUGCAACCGAUGUGGGUAGUACUGAGGAGUGUGGCAGUGAGUUCACCAAAGAAAAAGUUGAGGCUUUGUUGAAUGAAAAGCCAAAAGCGAGCAAGUUUGAUCUCAAGAAGAAACUUGAUGGUGUGAUGGAACUUAAUGAAAAGCUCAAGCGCUGUGUCAGAUGGUUCCAACAGAGUGAUGAGAACCAUGUCUUGGAGAAGGAAAAACUCCGUAAUGAACUGGAAUCUGCUGAGAAAAAAUGCACUGAGAAAGAGCUGGAGAUGAAAAAUAAGGAGACAGAGUUUAGUGCAAUCAUAUCAGAUUUAAGGGAAAAUAAUGCUUCUCUACAGGAGAAACUCUCCAGGGAAGAGGAAGUUAUUGACCGUUAUACAAGAGAAAAUGAUGCCAGGGUUGCUGCUGAAAGGUCUCAAGCUUCUUUGUCAGAAGAGCUGGGAAAAGCUCAGCAGGAGAUAGCGGCUGUUAAUGAGAGGGCAGCCUCGCUAGAGAACGCACAUAACCGACAGCAAGAAUAUGUCCUGAGCCUUCAACAGUUCAGUUCCAAGCUCAGCAAUGAACUUGAAACGACCCGUGAGUCACUUACCCGGGUAGAAAAAGAGAAAUUGACUAUAGUACAGAAUCUUAGCACUUUAAGGGGUCAUUGCAGUUCGUUGCAAGAACAAUUAUCCUUGUCCAGAGCUUCACAGGAUGAAGCUGUUAGUCAGAAAGAGACGUUACUGAAUGAAGUUAGAUGCCUCCGCAGUGAGCUGCAACAAGUAAGGGAUGACCGUGAUCGUCAAGUGAUGCAAGUGCAAUCCUUAACUGUUGAGAUAGUGAAAUACAAAGAGUCUACAGGAAAAUCCUUUGCUCAGUUGGAUAAUUUAACAACAAAAACAAAAUCGUUGGAGGAGACAUGUUCCUCCCAGAGGGAGCAAAUACGGAUUCUAGAGCUUCAGUUAGCUGCAGCGACCGAGAAACUAAAGAUGGCUGAUUUAUCAGCUUCAGAAACAAGGACUGAAUUUUCAGAGCAAAAGAGGAUUAUAUGUGAAUUACAGGAUCGUUUGGCAGAUGCAGAACGCCAACUUAUUGAAGGAGAGAAUUUACGGAAAAAGCUGCAUAACACUAUUUUGGAACUAAAAGGAAACAUCAGAGUGUUCUGUAGAGUGCGGCCAUUGCUACCAGAUGAUGGAGCAGGAACAGAAAGCAGUGUCAUCUCUUAUCCUGCAUCAAUGGAAUCUCUUGGCCGAGGCAUUGACUUGAUACAAAGUGGCCAGAAAUAUCCUUUUACAUUUGACAAAGUGUUUCCUCAUGAAGCUUCUCAACAAGAAGUUUUUGUAGAAAUCUCACAGUUAAUACAGAGUGCACUUGAUGGAUAUAAGGUCUGCAUAUUUGCUUAUGGACAGACAGGUUCUGGUAAGACUUACACUAUGAUGGGAAGACCAGAAGCACCAGAGGAGAAAGGACUGAUUCCACGUUCAUUGGAACAGAUUUUCCAAAGCAGUCAGUCCCUCCAAUUACAGGGAUGGAAAUACAAAAUGCAGGCCUCAAUGUUGGAAAUAUACAAUGAAACCAUCCGUGAUUUGCUGUCACCUCAUCGAUUGAGUGGUUCAGACCCAGUGCGCCCAGACAAUGGUGUUUCUGGAAAGCAGUACACCAUUAAACAUGAUGCAAAUGGGAACACACAUGUCAGCGACCUCACUAUUGUUGAUGUUGGCAGCAUAACAGAGAUCUCCUCACUUUUACACCAGGCUGCUCAAUGCAGGUCUGUGAGCAAGACUCUAAUGAACGAGCACUCCUCAAGAAGCCAUAUGGUCUUUACGUUGCGAAUAUCUGGGAUAAAUGAGAGCACGGAACAACAAGUGCAGGGUGUCCUAAACCUCAUUGACCUUGCUGGAAGUGAGAGACUAUCCAGGAGUGGGGCAACUGGCGAUCGUUUGAAGGAGACUCAGGCCAUAAAUAAAAGUUUGUCAUCUUUGAGUGAUGUUAUAUUCGCCCUGGCAAAGAAAGAAGACCAUGUACCUUUCAGGAACUCGAAGUUAACAUAUCUUCUCCAGCCAUGUCUAGGGGGGGAUUCCAAAACCUUGAUGUUUGUGAAUAUAUCUCCUGAUCCUGCUUCAGUUGGCGAGUCGUUAUGCUCUCUCCGAUUUGCUGCUAGAGUAAAUUCCUGUGAAAUUGGAGUUCCUCGGCGCCAAAUGACUCUGCGACCUGCAGAUUCCCGAUUGAGCUGCGGCUAAAAUCUUGUUUUGUAGUAAAAGCAACAAAACAGGGUUCUAGUGUGUGUAAUAACAGUGCUUUUGGAUAUACAUACAAUGAUUUGUAGAGCUGCUGCUCUGAGUUACUAAUUUGUAUUCUUAGAUUUAUGUUGUUAUUGGUUCCUGAUUCUUGACAGGACAAUGGAUUUGGCUAUGAGCCUCAUGCUGUAUGAGAAGAUUCAUCAUUUGAUGAAUGCACAGAAACAAAGAAUCAUUAUGUUU